UUGCGCUUCAUUUUCCACGCCGAAUUCGUUUCUUCUUCUAAACACUUCAACUUUUGCUGGUGUGCAAAUAUUUGUUUGACGAUAAAGUUAAUUUUAGGUGAAAAUAUUUUAAACAUUUUAGCCACACAACAAUUGUGAGUAAAACCCUGUGUAUAAAUGAAUAUUUUGAGUGUUUCUAAUCUAGUGAUAUAAUUUCUUAUAUAUUGCGUGGAAAUGAAUAUAUUUAACGGCGUUGCUGUACCGAUUUCGUACUAAUAUGCAUUUUUACAAUUGAAUACGACGUAUUCGAAUUCGCUAUCUUUGGUUGUUUACAAAUAGGAAGUAAAAAUAAUAUUUCUUCAAUUUAUAUCGGCAUUAUUCUGAAAAGUACAAAAUCUAACCAGUCAAAUAUGAAAUCAAAGAAAUCUGAAUCAACGGCUGCCACAGACGCUGCUGCCGAGUCAUCAGAAGAAGAGGAGUAUGCAGUCGAAAAAAUUUGUGGGCGCCGCGUGCGUAAAGGAAAGGUUGAAUAUUUCCUUAAAUGGAAAGGUUAUCCUGAAGAAGAAAAUACAUGGGAACCUGUAGAAAAUUUGGAUUGCCAAGAUUUAAUACAACAGUACGAAGCAGAUCGCGCGAAAGAAGAGCCUGCAGCUUCCAGCAAGCAAUCAGAAAAAAAGGAAUCAUCCAGUAAAAAGGAAGCCAGUAGCAGUGGUCGCACCAGUGCAGCCGGCAAUAAGCGCAAGUCUGAAGAGAAAACGUCCGGUAGCAAGAAGAAGCGCCGGGAUUCAUUAAAAUCCGAAACGGACAAUGAGUCAGUGUCCGACGUCUCAUCACGUACCUCAGAACGGACUGGUUUCGAUAGAGGUUUAGAAGCGGAAAAAAUUCUCGGCGCCUCAGAUUCCAGCGGCGGCUUGACGUUCCUUAUUCAAUUUAAGGGUGUCGAUCAAGCUGAAAUGGUGCCGGCAGCUAUUGCUAAUGUUAAGAUUCCACAAAUGGUAAUAAAGUUCUACGAAGAACGCCUUUCUUGGUAUUCGGACAAUGAGGAAUAAACUUAAUUGUAUUAGUUGAUGAAUUAACAUCUAUAUAUAAACAAUUAUUACACACACAAAUAUAAUGUAUAAAUAUACGAUUUUUCCUGCAAAUCCUUCUCAUGGUAA